CCGGAAACGGAAGGGUCAGCAUCUCAACGGCUCGCGUGGCGCCACCCGCCAAGAUAAGAGCGGCACGUACGCAGCCUCAGCCCGGUUCUCCCCAACCACCACCACUCCCUCCAGCUCUCUCAGUGGGGGGUUCACAGCACACGACCGCUCGCUCACACACCGAUUCAUUCUCACCAUGCGUCGUUUACUCGUCGCUUCGGUCGCCGCGCUCGGUCUCGCUGGCGCAUUCGCCAGUCCUGGUGGCAACCACAACGACAACCAGGUUCGUCGCCGGAAGACCCUCAGCUUCGGCCCUGUACACCCACAUGCGGUCUACCGUACGGAUCCUGUCUACACGUCCAGCGGGUUCGCGGACGCGGGCAGCGACCCGGCCGAGGUUGCGCAGCACUUCGUGGAGGAGCUCAUGCACGAGACUUCACCCGCCAGUUCGUUCGUUAUCCGCAAGGAUUCGUACACGGACAAGAACACCGGCGUGAGCCAUAUCUACGUCCGUCAGUACAUGCACGGCAUUGAGGUCGCCGACGGAGACAUCAACGUCAAUGUUAAGGACGGUGUUGUAAUCUCGUAUGGUGACUCGUUCUACCGUGGUUCCGAGCCGGACCCGUUCGUGUCCGGUCUUGUGCGCGGUCUUCCGGAUGCCCACUCAGAGUACUGCGCCGACCUCUUCGAGGAGCUUGAGUCGCGCUCGGAACACGUCGAGCAGCUCUUGGAGGCACAGGAGGCUCUGGGGCUCCAGAGCGAACAGGUUACGCUCGGUAGCAAGAAUCCCGCCGCGCUCGUUGAGCAGGCGUCCGGGGACCUCCCGCUCUCUCACGAAUGGAACUGCGAGCACGUCAGCACGCCAUUCUUCAUGGCGAACCACGAUCCGUUUGCGCAGGAGUUCGGGGACCUCCCGCUCUUCUACGAAUGGAACUGCGAGCACGUCAGCACGCCAUUCUUCAUGGCGAACGACGAUGCGUUUGCGAACUCGGAGGACGCUCUGGGCGACCCGACGCGUGCCCUCCUCCAGUUCAUGAUCGCCGCGACGCCGAACAAGACGCUCGCAGAGGACCUGAUGGAGAACCCUGCUGCGCACCUUGAGAAGAUGCAGUCCACUUGGGAGACGCACUUCGUCGGCGGUCACGGGGUGAUCUCCGGCCUUGUGAGCAACGUUCCGGAUACCGUCAACCCCGUCAAGGCGAAGGCAGCGUUCAUCCAGGUGCCCAACGGCGACUCGAUGUCCCUCGAGCUCGUUUGGAAGUUCGAGGUCGAGAUGCAGGACAACUGGUACGAGGCUGCUGUCAGCGCAUCCCAGCCGCAUCGCAUCAUCUCCGUCGUCGACUGGGCGUCGGACUCGCCGAUGCCGGUUGCUCCCGUCCCGCCGAACGUCGAGAGGAACACUGGUGUUUACAACGUCUUCAGCUGGGGCAUCAACGACCCGUCCGUCGGCAACCGCUCUACGCAGAAGGAGUACUUUGACUCCCUUGCCAGCCCAAUUGGGUGGCACUCUCUGCCGUUCGCGAACGACCCGCAUUCGCUCCGUAUGAAAGUCAAGAGUGGACCCAAGGGUGAGAAGUGGCGCAACACCACGACCACCUGGGGCAACAACGUUUUCGCGCACGAGAACUGGGAGGGCCGCAACGACUGGGAGGCCAAUUACCGCCCGGAUGCCGGCGAAUCGAUGACAUUCGACUACAAGUACGUGCCCAAGAAGACGGAGAGGGAGGAUGCGCUCGACGAGGCGAAGAAGUACAUCAACACGACGGUCACGCAGCUGUUCUACACGAGCAACCUUGUGCACGACCUCUUCUACCGAUAUGGCUUCGAUGAGGUCUCGGGCAACUUCCAGCAGCACAACUUCGGCCGUGGUGGUGAGGAGAACGACGCUGUCAUUGCCAACGCUCAGGAUGGCAGUGGCUACAACAAUGCCAACUUCAUGACUCCCCCUGAUGGUCAGAACGGUCGCUGCCGCAUGUACCUUUGGAACACUGCGAACCCCUACCGUGACGGUGACCUCGAGGCCGGCAUCGUGAUCCACGAGCUUGCCCACGGUCUUAGCACGCGGUUAACGGGUGGUCCUGCCAACUCCGGCUGCCUCGGCUGGGGCGAGUCUGGCGGCAUGGGUGAGGGCUGGGGAGACUUCCUCGCCACCACCAUCCGGAGCAACGCGAACUACUCAGACUACGCGAUGGGUGCCUGGGCUGCUAAUCGCGAGACCGGCAUCCGGAAUUACAUCUACUCGCUGAACGAAACAAUCAACCCCUCGACGUACAAGACGCUCGACAAGCCCGGCUACUGGGGCGUGCACGCGAUCGGCGAGGUCUGGGCGGAGUUGCUCUGGGUCGUCUCGCAGCGCCUGAUCACCAAGCAUGGCUUCGUCGACACGCUCUUCCCCCCACUCCCGCAUGCGAACGGCACCGUGCCCGAGGGCGACUUCUACCGCCCGGCAGAGUUCACCGCCGCGGGCGAGCGCAAGCCGCUCGUCCCCAAGCACGGCAACUCGCUCAGCGUCCAGCUCGUGCUUAACGGCAUGAAGCUGCAACCGUGCAGGCCGUCGUUCUUCGACGCUCGCGACGCGAUCAUCUCGGCGGACCAGGUGUUGACCGGCGGCGAGAACUUCUGCGACCUCUGGACCGCGUUCGCGGAGCGUGGCAUGGGUCCUGAUGCGCGUGUGGACGGCCGUACGCCGUGGGGCGGAGGAGUGCGCACGAACGACUACGACGUCCCGGUGAAGUGCAAGGCGGAUGAGCCUGAGCUAUGAGCGGGUGGCGGCUGUGUCUGUGACUCCUACGUGCCGGGUGUUUGGAGACGGUGGCCCGUCUUUAGGCUCUUAGACGGGACUGUUACUCGAUAUUCCUUUGUAAUAUUAGUUCCUGUACAUCUAUGGAUAUAGACCUACUUCAUGCCUGA